UGCAGGGAUCUUAUACACAUUCGAUCAACAACAUUAGCACUUGUACUAAAUUUUUCAAGCAAGAUGAAAGUUGAAAUCCUGUCCAAAGAGAUCAUUAAGCCAUGUACUCCCACACCACCCAGCCUCAGUACCUACAAUUUAUCCUUAAUGGAUGAGUUAGCUCCCAACCUAAAUGUUCCCACCAUUUUCUACUACUCUGCACCUGAUCAGGAGAGUGCUGAUGAGGUUGCAUUGAGGUACAAGCAUCUGAAGACCUCGUUGUCGAAGAUUCUAACUACUUUUUACCCUUUUGCUGGAAGGUAUCGCGCAGAAAGUUACUUGGUUGAUUGCAGUGAUCAGGGUGCUGAGUAUGUGGAAGCCAAAGUUGAUAUUAGGCUUGAUGAUCUUGUCAGCCAGCGGACCGAUGUGAAGGCUGAGCUGCUCAAUGAAUUGCUGCCGUAUCCAAUUGGUGCAAUUGAUGAAUAUGAAGAUCCUUUGCUUGCAGUGCAAGUGAGUGGCUUUAGUUGUGGUGGAUUUGCUAUUGGGAUCUGUAGUUCACACAGAAUUGCUGAUGUUUCUACCACAAUAGCAUUUGUGAAUGCAUGGGCUACUGCUGCAAAGCAGGAGCUGGGGCAGGUUGAUGAGAGUUACGUGCCAGAGCCUUAUAAGUUCGACUCAGCUUCGUUGUUGCCAGGACUGAAAUUGAUGGCUGGUCUCCCUUCUGGAAUGUCGCGGGACAAGGAGAAUUUUGAAGUUCAUAAGGUCAGCACAAAGAUGUUUUACUUUCCUAAUAGUACUAUUUCAAGCAUCCAAGAAAGGGCUAGGCUUAACGAUUCGAGCAAAUUGCCUUCAAGGGUACAAUCUGUGUUUGGAAUCAUAGGGAAGACUAUUGUUGAUCUACAUGUAGCUGAUCUUGAAGAGCCCAAGGGCUAUAUACUUACUGAAACAGUGAAUAUAAGAGGCAAGACCAAUCCCCCUCUUCACAAAAACCAAUUUGGAAAUCUCUACCAAAUAGCCCAUGCUCAGGGAGUGGCUAGUCCUAAAACAGGGGUGGAGCUUUCAAGUUAUGUUGAUGAUCUCUCUAAAUCUGUCAAGAAAGCUAUGAAUUUCUGCGGGAUGCUAACAUCAGGGAAGGAAGGACAAACAGCGAUGACUAAUGAAUUUUUUGCUCUGCUUAAAAAUCUUUCAGCCAUUCCUGAUAUUUAUUUUGUAGGUAUGUUUACCAGCUGGUGUACUUUCCCAUUUUAUGAAGCUGAUUUUGGCUGGGGAAAGCCGGUUUGGUUCAGCGUUGCCAACGUCCCCAUGAAAAAUACAGUAGUCCUGAUUGAUGACAAAUCGGGGGAAGGGAUUGAAGCAUGGGUGAAUUUGGAUGAAACCGACAUGCAAAAAUUCAUAGCGCAUAGUAACAUUGCAGAUCUUGAUCUGGGUGUUGAACCAUCUGUACCUCAUCCAAUCAUUCAAGGCAGGAGGGUUAUGUAGUAUUCCUAUUACGUCUAUUUUCAAGUCAAAUAAAUUGUAUGUUGCAUUGGUACAAUGAUUCAUCCUGUAAUCUUAGUUACAUAUAUUUAAUUCUCUAAUUCCAGUUGUGUUGUUGCCUAUGUAAUUGGCAUAUCUUCCUUUGUUUCAUGUUCUGCAAAUCAUUGAAUAAUAAGAUCCUUACUUCUUUUCAA